AUGGGCAAAGCUCAUGAGUCAAGCAAUCCGAGGGGAGGGGCUGGCCUCUCUCACAUAAAUGGAGUUCCAGAUCCCCCUCCUCAGACGGACCCAAGUUACAACCGGUGGCAGCAGCGAGAUGAUUGCUGCUUCAAUUGGAUCAUCAACAACAUCGACGCCAGCCUCGUAAAUGAGGUGUCCCAAUACGAAACGACCUAUGACUUAUGGGAUAGUCUAGCCACGACGUACGGGAGGGGCGCCAAUCAAUUCCAGAUCUCGAACCUGCACAGACAGGCAUAUAGCAUCAAACAAGAAGAAUCAUCGCUGGAGAGUCUCUGGCAGAAACUACAGGAUCUCUGGAUAUCAAUCGAUACCAGGGAUCCAAACCCCAUGGAAACCGCAUCAAGCAUUGAAAAAGAAAAUCAAAUCAUACAGAGGCAUCGAUUAUACUAG